AUGAACACAUACUACUACGAAAUUUUAGGUGUCGAAGUUGAUGCGACAAUCGAUGAUAUUAAAAAAGCAUACAGAAAACAAGCAUUAAUAUGGCAUCCUGACAAAAAUACGAAUAAUCGUGAAGAGGCAGAAGCACAAUUCAAAUUAAUUGCAGAAGCUUAUGAAGUAUUAACCGAAAAAAGAAAAAUUUAUGAUUCAUAUGGAGAAGAAGGCCUCAAGAAUGGAUUUCCUUCGCAAAAUGCAAAUCAACCAUUUUUCCAUGAUCCCAAUGAAAUAUUCAUGCAAUUCUUCAGAAAUGAUCCAUUCUUAAAUAAUUUCUUUAAUAAUACUUCAAUGGGAUUUGAUCAACAAUUCUUCCAAAAUCAAUUUAUACCACCUAAUAUGCAAUCGAGGGCUUUUAAUCAUAACAAUAACAUGAACAUGAUUAGUACAACUUCAUAUUCAACAAGCUCAUAUUCUGGAGGAAGUGGUGGUCGUGGAACUAGCAAUUUCGUAAGUACACAGUCCUCAACACAAAUAGUCAAUGGGGUUAGAACAACUGUUACCAAAACAGUAGAUGCAGAGGGAAAUGUUACAGUAAUUAAAGAAUCCUCUGACGGCACAAGACAUGUCACUGUAAAUGGCAAGAGCGAGAAUGAUUUGCCAAGACACAUAGCUGAUCAUUAA